CUCGGCCCCGGCGGCGCCCGGAGCCGCGGCGGGGCGGUGACCGGGCCGGGGCCGCUUUCCCCGCUUUCCUGCCCGGUGUGCCCGGGGCCGACCGGUGUCCUAGGGAUCCCCCAUCGCUGCGACCGUGCGCUUGUGCCAUAGGAGUCCCGCGGGCAUCUUCAGCUUCUUCACCGCGAGGGGGCUUUUGCGGUGCCCUCCAGGCCCCUUGGUAAAGGACACGGUAAGCAGAUCCUGGUGCUGGGCCUGGAUGGGGCUGGGAAGACUAGCAUUCUCCACUCCCUGGCAACUAACCACGUCAAGCGCAGCAUGGCUCCCACUGAGGGCUUCAAUGCCAUCUGCAUCAACACUGAAGAGUCCCAGAUGGAGUUUCUGGAGAUCGGGGGCAGUGAAUCUCUGCGCUCAUACUGGAAGAUGUACCUGCCCAAAGUGCUGUUGCUGGUCUAUGUCGUGGACUCGGCUGAUCAUGCCCGACUGCCUGUGGCGAAACAGCUGCUUCAUCAGCUAAUCCAGAACAACUCCACCCUGCCUGUGGUAGUUCUGGCCAACAAGCAGGACCUCGAAGGUGCAUAUUGCAUCACUGACAUCCACGAUGCUCUGGCUCUGUCUGAUAUUGGGGACGAGAGGAAGAUGUUCUUGAUUGGUACCCAUGUGGCAGAAGAUGGCUCUGAGAUCUCCUCCAGCAUGCAGGAUGCCAAGGAGCUGAUAGGGCAGCUGGUUUUGGAAACACAGUGACAGCUCUUUUCUUACAAUAAACAGGUGUUUGCAGCUGAGGGAGAGCAGGUGUUAGUAUAUGGUCAGUUUGCAGUGUGGCAGCUGAAAUUAGCAGAAAUGCUUUCCUGGUAUGUGUGGAAUUCCUCUGAAAGUGAUAUCUAGUUGGUAAGAAAAUCUUAAUUUAUAGUGGUUUGAAAAUACAUUUGAGAAGUAGUCUAUUUUUAGCAUAUUUGUAGGAGAAAAAUAGUCUGUCUCUCAGGCAGCAGAUUUAAGGGCAAAUAUAGCUUAGAUGGGCUAGAUAACUUCACGUCAGGUGGAAGAAAGUUGCAUCCAGUGAAUUUAACAUGGCUUGAUGUCUCAGGUUAAAGUGAAAUAUGUUUACUUCACAGAUUUUACAGAACCCUUUUAACAGUGGUGUUCUGUUAAAAAUGAGACCUCACUUCUUGACAGUGUCAGAAAUUUAAAGUGCUGCAACUAGUGUUUUUGACAGUGACAGUUCUUGUUGGUGUGUUGGACCCAGUUGUUAUGGGAGUAGCAAAUUGGUAAUCUCUGGAAAUUGGGUUGGUUACUGCUUCUUUAGAGGGUAAGAACAAGAAAAUGAAACCAGUAAUAUAUUAAGUGUUUCUCUGCCUACAGGCUAAAAACCAAAAUGGUGUAAUUUGAGGUAGUGACUGGAUGCUUUUAAGUUAAAUUGGCAGCAAAGGUGGGAGACUUGUCCAUCAGGUUGAGCAGCUUAUUUAAGCUUAGUCCGAGAUGUCCUUGAACAAGUAGUCUUAUUUGUGAAAACCCUGUUAUUUCAUGACGGUGGUUUCUGUUAGCACAGCAGGUGAGGAAGGUGACAAGCUGCUGAGGAGUGUCACCUUCCCGGUGUCCUCCUAAUUAUACUCAAAGGACAUGACCCAGGAGCAGUCCUGUAAAGGACCUGUUUUGCACCCGCAUCUAUUGUACGAGGCUUUUACGGUUUUGUCUUUUGUAACAGAUGCAUAAAGCAGAAAAUUCCACCCUAA